GCACGCAGUACGAUAGCUAAUCUUGGGUUCAAGCCGCCUUUCGCGGAGCCAGGAUCCGAUAUACGUGCGGUGUGUAGUGGGUACUUGUGAUUCGUCUGGACGGUGAUAUUUCGCGUCACAGAAUACACAGGAAGGUGUUGAAACCAAGACUACGCGAUAGCGUGAUCGAUGUACUUCGAUAUUGGCCUAUUGUGUAAUUCGGGGCCGGUUUUGUCAUCUCACCCGACAGUCUGACCGUCAUGGUGUUUAUAUAGGCCUACCCGUCAAACUCUCGGGGGUUCGUCGUCCGUCGGUAUGGGGCUCAAAAUGAAAUAGAACACCAGCGCCUACUCAGCAGUUAAUAUUCGAGUGCAUGAUAGCCUGGGACUUUGUACCAUGGCAGGCUACAGAGGGCAGCUUGGCUGUGUUGUCAUGGGAGCGCUGCUGGUGAUUACGGGCGCCGUUCUUAUCCCUGUCGUGUGGAAUGCUGUCAAACACUCACUGAUGUCAAAGCUCAUGGUAUUGGAGCCUUCAUCAAUGGUCUACAGUAUUUGGAAGGAGCCCCCUUUCAUCAUCUACUGGAGGUUCUACUUUUUUGACGUGGCCAACCCAGCUGAAGUCGUAGAAGGUGCCAAGCCAAGUUUGGCGCACAAAGGGCCAUAUGUUUACAGGCUAGAGAUGCACCGACAGAACCUGACCUUGAAUAGCAACAGUACUAUAUCUAACAUGCCAGUCUACAGCUACUUCUUUGAGCCAGGAAUGUCGGUGGGUCCAGAGUCGGACUCUUUCACGGCUGUCAAUGUGCCCUAUGUUACGGUUGCUCACAUGCUAGAUUGGCUACCCAAAGAAGCUAAAGAGGCACUGAGUCUCCUGUUAGAUGGAAUGCAUGAGCAUCUCUUUAAAACGUUAACUGUCAGGGAGCUUCUCUGGGGAUACGAAGAUGAGGUUUUGAAGAUAGCCAGCAGAUUUUUUACAAUUCCAGGAAUGCCGGGCGGCAAAUUUGGCUUCCUUGUGGAUCAAAACGGAAGUGCCCAUGAUGAUUUCACAGUAUUUUCAGGAAAGGAGGUGCGAUCCCGGAUCAACCUAAUCCAGCGGUGGAACGGGAAUGAUAAGUUAACCUGGUGGUUAACUCCAGAGGCCAAUAUGAUCAAUGGCACAGAUGGUGUAAUGUUUCAUUCAUUUGUUACAGAGAAGGAUACGUUAUAUUUGUUUCAGCCAACUUUAUGCAGGUCUAUGCCCUACGUCUUUGACCAUCACAAAACCGUCCGAGGUGUUCCCCUGUCAAGUUUCUACUUGCCGCCAACUGUGUACCAGAACGGCAGCGUGUACCCACCCAAUGCAGGUUUCUGUGAUGUGAAGACUGAAGACUGUGGACCUUCAGGGCAAAUGAGGGUAGACAAAUGUCGAUUCGGUGUUCCAACUUCCAUAUCCAAUCCCCAUUUCUUGUAUGGAGACAAGUCACUGAUUGAUGGUGUGUAUGGGCUUGCACCAGAUCCUAACAAGCAUAAGAAUUAUUUCUCCGUGCAGCCUAUAUUAGGAGUGACCUUCGAACUGAAGUUUCGGCUUCAACUGAACUUGUACUUAAAACAAGUGGCUGGUUUUAGUGACACAGAAAAGCUCAUUCCAGUUUACCUUCCAAUGCUUUGGUUUGAGCAGUCGUUUGAAGCCAAUGAUUGGAUGGUGAACACCUAUGCGAGCCACGUCGGUACACCGACUCUAAUCUGCCAGAUUGGGGAGUACAUCAUGAUAGGUGUUGGUGCUGUCGUUAUCGUGCUAUCCCUGGCAUUUCUCAUCAGAAGAUACAAAAGAAAGCAAAGUGAUGAGGCUGAACCAUUGCUGUCUGAUGCCAAUCCUAGCACCAACUACACAGAUAAUGAAAAUGAAGCCAACGUCUUCCCAAGCAAUCAAGAGACUGUUCCUGUUUUAUAGAUGCCAACAGUGCAACCUGUUCAUUUCCUGAGGCUUGUUACAAGCACAGAAGUGUCGAGUGGAAAAUGCCUGUUUUAGAAAAAAAUUAAUAUUGACAAGAUAUCACAUGUCAUUGUGAGAGGUAACCUGUUUUAGCCAAGUAGAAGUUUCAAGUGGCAGUUAAUAAAUUGCAUCCGCAGCAGAUUCAGGUCAUGCUAUUUUGCUUUUUGGUUUUGUAAGGAAAACAAAUUUCUCAUGAAUGUAUGAUAUUUCUCAGAUUUUUGAUACACUGCCUACAUGUAUAUGAGCAAUUGCACUUCAUUGUUGCGAGUACUUCAACAGUGUUAGGUUCAUUGUCAUUUAAAUGCCCCACAAAUAUUCACCAUUCUAGUUUUUACGUGCGAGGCAAUUGAAAUAAUCAUAAGAUAAAUUAGUUUUUUUAUAGUUAUUUGUACUUCCAAUUUUUCUAUAGGUAGACGUAUCAAUUUCUUGCAUUAUAAUUUCCAGUAAAAAAAUGCAACAAACCAAAGAUUUGUUACACAUAAUCAGGUGAAAUUAAUUACAUGGCAGGGAGUUGAGCAAUUCUUGUGCAGUUGUCUUGGUUUGGCAACGGUCAUAGUUUUGUGUUUCUAAUUAAAUUCUAUAACUUUGUUGGAGAGAGAAAAUGGUGACUGCGGCUGUAGUCGUUGCUUCCCAACAACUCAGGUAAUGUGCAUACAGAAAUUGAAAUAUAAUAAAAAUAAAAGUUUAUUCAUAAUGCAAUGUAAAUGUUCAUAUGCACUGUACAAAUGAUGUUUCAAACAAUGAAAGCAGGAGAGGUGAAAUUGUUAAACUAAAUUUACAAGAAAAAGCUAGAAACUGUAGAUGUUACUUAGUCAAGGUUUUUCUCAAUGCAGUAUCUGACCAAGUCUAUACAAUUUGUGUAUUCCCCCCCCCAAAGAAAGAGAUCCUUCCUAAGAAGUAUAAUAGGAGGGGUUACUGUUUUCAUAUUUGGAAAAAAAACACAUGCAGAGGUGGUGUGCUUGCCAUAGGUCUUAUGCACUAGUUGUCAUGGAGACCAGUUGCUGUUUUUACAAAUUGCCUAACUCCUCGGGUGCCUCAGCUUAUGUGCACCGAGUGUGAGUGACGCCACCUCAGUAGCCGUAGUAGUCACUGCUAUGGGACAAGAUAGAAUGUGUUAGCUGCUUUUAUUGCAUACAGAGACAGUGACCGCUUUGCCUUCAUUCAUCAGAGUCGGAGAAUUUGGGAUGUAAUGGCGAGUAUUAUGAUGUAAAUAUGAUGAUGACCAUGAUUUGACUGAAGUUAAUGUCUGGAUCAGUAUAUGUCAAUGAAAAUGCAUGGCAUCGUGUCUAGUGUAAUUGGGGCAUUUCAAAUUCUUUUGUGAGAGUUUUUGUCAACCUUAUAUGUUGUAAUUUAUGUAUUUGUAAAUUGUAUUUCGUGAAGGAAUUUUUGUAUUGAGUUGGCAAUAUAUUUUUGAAAAUUUGAAUAUUUGCAUAGUAUUACAUAAUGAAAUAUGAAGAGAUAUUUUACGGGAAUUUGAAACAACACGGGUGUGUCAAUGGACAAAUGCUUUAUGCAUAAUGUGAA